UGUUAUCGGCAUUCCGUUUUAUCAGUAACGGGUAAAAAAUAUGCUAAUGCUUAGGAUCACAUUCGUUGUUAGGCCCGAUGUACUAUGAACGCGUUCUAUGAAUACUCCAGAUAUUGAUACUGACAAUGGAGUAAUAAUAGAUGAGUGCUACAAUGAAACCGGAACAGUCUUGUGCUAAUAGGGUUGGAUACUGUAAGCAUUAGGAUAUUGACAAAUCGACCUCUACGAAAAUACCAAUGCAACCUGAAGCUCAUCAAUUUUUUCCGUAGUAAGGCCACUAUAUGAUAGAAGGGGAUAGACGACGUCACUGUCCAGGCUAAACUGCCGGAAAUACCCUUCGACGUCCUUGAUUCGAACUUACCCGCCUCUUACAAAUCAAUAAUAAAUGAAGUAUUUAUUAGAUAAAAUGUCGGAGACGCAUUUCUAUUCUAUUUAACCAACCACCAACGACGGGAUUCGAACAUAUAAGCACUCAGCGUGGCUAGUUUCAAAACUCAAUUCUUUAUGGUGAUAAAGUUAACAGUCAAGAUAUUUGAUUUUUUAUUUUUGUUUAAUUUUGAUUUUAUUUGUUAACUAUCUGAAGUAAUAAAUCAACAAAAAUUAACCAAAUUCAUAGAUUCUAAAAUUGGGCGAAUGGUCACAGCAACACUGCCUAAUGCUAUUCUCUAUUUCGCCUUUUAUUCUCGAAAAUUUUUGACUUUGAGAUUGUCAGUUUUUGCUAUUGUUAGUCAAAAAUUUGGCAAAUUCGAAAGACUUUAAGCUGCUGAAUGCAAUAUGGAAACAUCCGACAGCGAUUAUUUCGAAAGCGCAGAUGAAGAUGUGUACUCGGAUGAGGAAAGUGUUGCUUCUGUGAAUCGGUCUUCUUCGAAAUUAAAAAAAGAAAACUUGGAGCGAAGUAUUAAUGAAAUGAACCUUAUGGAUUCCCCUCAAUAUUUCAAUAAAAACAUAGGACAUGUUAGUGAUAUUAGCAGCCUAGUAAAUUCAGAAAAGAAAGGCGAAUUACUGAAACCAAAGUUAGAAGAAAAUAAAGAGGAAAAUUUGUGGGAUGUUGAUGAAAUUAAUUGGGAGACAGAAGGAAAGUUAGAAGAAUCUGAUAAUAAAAAUGACCUAAAAUGUAAGGGACAAAAAAAUGAAACCUCAAAAAAUGUUCAGGAUUUAUCUAAUGUUGGUAAACAUGAAAACUUGACUAGUGAAACUGAUUUAUGGGAUGAGAAUGAAAUUGAUUGGGAAGUAGAGGGUCACAAAGAGGACUCCCAAAAGUCAGAUUUUGUUGAAAAAAUAGAUCCGAAAAUAAUUUUAAAAUCUGAACAAAAUAAACCAAAUUCAGUUUCUGGAUGGGGCAACUGGGGGAAUUGGGAUGUUUCUAGUAUUUUGAACACUGCCACCAAUAGUGUUUCCAGCCUAACAGCACAUGUGUCUCAUGGAAUUUCGACGGUUCUAGAAGCAAAUUUGGGUGUACCAGAUCCAGAAGAAAUGGCAAAAUUAAAUAAAGAUCGAGAUGUUCUAGAAGACCCCAACAAUGGUCAAAAUCAUUCCCCAAGCACUCCACCGAUUUUGGGUUUUGGAAAUAUAGUAGGCAGUGUAUCUCAUAUCACGAAGUUCGUUGAAUCUACAGGUACAAGGGUUAUAUCUGGAGGUUUGGAUACAUUAGAAAGUAUAGGCAAAAAAACUAUGGAAGUUUUACAAGAAGGUGACCCUGGUCUUAAAAAGAAAAGAGCAUUUUUAAAGUUUGAUAGCGGUAAACCAGUAUUGUCUCAGGUUUUGAGAGAAGCCAAAGAAAAGGCUGAACAGCACAUCCAUUCUGUGGAAAAGAUGCAAACCGUAAAAUUUAAAAACUAUGAAACUUUAUUUGAUGAUCAUCAAGGAUUGGUCCAUUUAGAAGCUCUAGAAAUGCUAUCCAAGUUGUGUAAUAUGAAGUUAGAAAAUUUAAAUGAUUCCCUCCAUGGAAAUGCUCUUAAAGAAAUGCAAGAAACCAUGGAGCAGGUUAAAGAGCUUUGCGAGCUUCCCGAGGAUGAAGAAGAAGAGAUAGCCUUGGAGGAGGUUAAGGGAAAAAUUCAAUCUGCAGUUAAAGAUUUAAAUGUCGCAGUGUCCUAUGAUAAGUUAGUUUCUACUUGUGAAGAAAUUGUCAUUUGGCUGGCUAAUUUGAAUUUGACCUUUGUUAACGAAGUUGAAUUGCAUCAGCAGGCUAUAGAGUCAUUGGCCCAAAUUACUGCCCUUGCCGUUGAACAGUUUCACAAAAUUGGCGAGCUGUUGCUGGUUAAAGAACAUCGCAGUACUGCUGAUGAAGCCGACAGUUUAGUCCAGUUAACUUUGGUUAUGAAGUCAGUCAUUACAAAACAAGCAGGGCUAUUUUGUGAUAAACUAAACUGUCUUCAGAUUGCAGACAAGGAAAAAGUGAAUGAACUUAUCACCAAUAUAUUUUACGAGGCCUCCAACAGUUGCUCUUACCUACAUGAUGCAUUCCAAUUGCUGAUACCUGUCUUGCAAGUCGGUGCCACAUAAAAAAUCACAUUUAUAAAAUAACUUUAUUGUUUGUAUAAAGUAUUUAUAAAAAAAUGUUUUGC